AUGGUCUUCCCACUGGUUAUCCUGGAGCGCGAAGCUGCCUCGCAAAGGGAUUUAAAUUGCGACCACGGAAUCACCCCGGCCGGGUCGAUAAGGGGACACCUGGCGGAAUCAAACUGGCCGCGGUCACGUACCUCCAACGUGCCACUGGCACGCAACCGGCGCGGACUUCAGGCCCUCAUGUCCAUUGAUAACGCGACAAACGAACGGCAACGAACACGUACGGAUCAUCGAGAG